AUGUACUGAGAGCAUAUGCGCUGCCUAGGGGAAAGGCAAGACAGGGAAGUCAAUGGCAGCUACAACCCACUGCUCCUGGUGGUCAGGCCCCACUCAGGGAGUCCAGGAUCACCUGUCUAGCAUGACCUGGAACAGGACCUGGACUCUGUGGUGAUGGAGGAGCUAUUUGAUCCAGAGGAGAAUCCCUCCUCAGCUCCAUCCUUAGUUGUGCUUCAGGAGUCUGCUGGCACUGGGAAGAGAACCCUGGCCAGGAAAAUGGUGUUGGACUGGGCCACAGCUAUCCUGUACCCAGGCCAGUUUGAUUAUUGUGUGUGUGUGUGCUGCAAAGAAGUAAAACUGCUGCCUGAGUGCAGCCUGCACCAGCUCCCAUUCUGGUGUUGAGAAGACAAUCCAGCCCCUGUCACAGAGAUUCUGAAGCAGCGAGGACUACUGUUCAUCCUGGAUGGCUUUGAUGAGUUACAGAGGCCCUUUCAAUGAGAGCUGAGUAAGCAUUGGUCAAGUCCCAUGGAGAAUGUGCUACACAUUUCAAUUAGGAGAAAGUCACUUCCCGCCUUCUCCUUUCUCAUCACUACAUGGCCCUCUGCUUUGUGGAACCUGGAGUCCAUACUGGGUGAAUGGUGCCAUGUCUAUGACUUAGGCUUCUCUGAAAAGGAGAGGAAAAGAUAUUUCAGCUUCUACUUUAUGGGUAAGGAAAAAGCCAGAAAUGCCUUUGACUUUGUACAAGAUGAUGUUCUCUACAAAGCAUGUCAAGUUCCAGGCAUUUGCUGGGUGAUGUGCUCCUGGCUGAAAGGGCAAAUGGAAAAAGGUCAGGCAUCCUCUGGGACACUGAGCAGUAGCACUGACAAAUUCACUUCUGUCUCUACCUUCCUGCCCACUGAUGACGAUGGCGGCUGCUUUGAGCUUACCUGGCAGGUUCUUAAGGGAUUUGUUUCCUUGGCAGCUGAGGAGAUUCAGCACCAGAGGUCCCCGUUUGAAGAAGCGGAUUUCAGAAGGCACAAUUUAAAUAGGCCUAGACUUGCUGCUUUCCUGAUCAGAAACAAUUACCAUAUCAAGAAGUUCUACAGCUUUUGAUCCAUUAGCUUCCAGGAGUUUUUUCAUGCCAUUUUCUACUUGAUGAUGGAGGACCAGAGUUAGGUGGGGGAGGAGUACCAUAGAGAAGUGGACAGGCUGCUGGAGGUGAAGGAACAGGAAAAGAAUGAAGAGAUAACCCUCACUGUGCAGUUUUUAAUUGAUACAUUGAAAAAAGAGAGUCCCUUGAACUUGGCGCUCAAGUUCUGCUCCAAAUUUGUUUUUUCAGUAAUGCAGGAUUUGAUGCAUUUUAAAGAACAAGGGAAAUUUAUAAAGCACAAUAGGACCUGGGGUUUGGAAUUUUCCCUGUAUGAUACUAAACUAAAGAAUUUUACAAAGGGUGUCCAGAUAAAUGACAUAACAUAUUCAAGAUAA